CUCUCUGUGCUGUUGUUGUGGUUGUUGUUGGUGGUGGUGGUUUGUUCACCCCGCCCCUCUCUCUGUCUGCCCUAUAAUAAGCGCUCUGAGGCGGCAGCAGCAGCACCGCAGCAGCCUCCUCCGCCUCACAUGGAGCUGAGCGGCUUGACGCAGCUGUUUCACUGAAAAUGGAUACCAACAUUGUUGUCAUGGGGACAGAAAGCGUCGGGAAAUCAGCUCUGACUGUGCGCCUCUUAACUCGGAGAUUCAUCGGAGAGUACGGAGAUAUUGAGUCCAUCUACAGUCACAGUUUUAUGGUGGAUGGGAGGGAAAUCAGUGUCAAUAUUUGGGACUCACCUUAUUCUGAGGAUUUAUCCGUGGAGACGUCGCUCUUUGAGAAGAAGGUCCAGUGGGCAGACGGCUACAUUCUCGUCUACAGUAUCUGCGACAGAGCCAGUUUCAACACCGUCAGCAGACUCAUUCAGGCGAUCAAGUCCACGAAAGACUACCUGAAUGCAGACAAAGCGCCCAUAGUGAUUGUGGGUAACAAGAGAGACCUGCACCACAGGCGGACAGUGCUGAGCGAGGAGGGCUGGCUGCUGGCUCUCAAAACAGACUGCCACUUCUAUGAGGUGUCGGUGGCCGAGAACUACCACAGCGUGCUCAUGGUGUUUCAUGGGCUGAUGGACAGGAUGAAGGAUGCCAAGCUGACCAUGAAAAGACCUCUGGGGUUCAAGGGCAUCGUGAAAAGCAUGUCUGCAGUGUUUGCCAGGAGACGGACAGACUCCUUUUAGGGUUUAGUUUUCUAUGAAUCUGGAUGGAUAUUGCAGUUUGCUUAAGGUAACUGUGAAGUCUCCAGAGGCAGAGACACUACAGAGACAGGAGCUGUGUUCACCAAUAA